AUGGCUUCCCGAGUACCAUCCAAAUUCAACAUUAAGACCACUUACAAACUGAACUCAGGGCACAGCAUUCCUGUUCUCGGCUAUGGCGUGUACCAGACUCCUGCAGAUGUCUGUGAAGAAGUUAGCCUUCACGCCCUAAAGGCAGGUUAUCGUCACAUCGACUCUGCCCGUGCAUAUCGCAACGAGCGGCCAUGUGCUGAUGCCAUGGCGAAAUCUGGUCUGAAGCGAGAGGACAUCUUCUUCACGAGCAAAGUCCCGCCUAAAGCCAUGGGUUACGACAACACAAAGAACGCAAUUGAGUCUUCAUUCUCGGAAACUGGUCUAAGCUAUAUCGACCUCUAUCUGAUCCACUCACCAUAUGGUGGCAAAGAAGCUCGUCUAGGAUCGUGGAAAGCGCUAGUGGAGGCACAGAAAGAGGGCAAAAUACGCUCGAUCGGGGUUUCUAACUACGGCGUUCAUCACCUAGACGAGCUUGAGGAGUACAUAAAAUCCUCACAGGAUGGUAGCCAUAUUGAUGUCGGCCAGUGGGAGAUACAUCCAUGGCUCCCUCGCGAUGACAUUGUCAAAUGGUCACAAAAGAGGAAUGUGGUCAUCGAGGCAUAUUGCCCAAUUGUUCGUGGGGAGCGCGCUAACGAAGAGAUCCUGAAAACCUUAGGGAAGAAACAUGGAAAGACGUGGGCUCAGAUUCUACUCCGAUGGAGCUUACAAAAAGGAUACGUACCCUUGCCGAAGAGUGUCACACCUGCGAGAAUUGAUCAAAACGCCGAUAUCUAUGACUUCGAGCUUGACGCCGACGAUAUGAAGAGUCUUCACUUCCCCGACUCGUACGCGCCAUGCGCCUGGGAUCCGACCACUAGUCAUGAUUAG